AUGGAUGGCAAGUUAACGCGAGAAAAACACAGAGCGGAACCACCAGCAACUACAGAAAUUUUGAAAACCAUAUCACCAUCCUCUUCCACUUCGGAAAAAUCAACGAAAAAACGCCAUCGUCUUCGAAGAUCCACAGAUAAUUUUGAUUCCGAUGAUGCGGAAUUAAUAACUACCCGCUCCGAAGUACAAUUAUCUGCCAAGGGCUCCAAACCCAUUGCAGGCGUAAUGGGUGGAGGUUUUGUGACACCUCCAACAGCUGCCAAAGAUAUCGAUAUCGAAAACGCUGUGACCACAGUAGCGUUAAUAACGAAUCAAAACGACAACGAAACCACGAAGAGCCGUCAACAACCCCCCUCCGGAGACAACAUCACCCAUAAACAAAUGCACGAAAAGCUCUUGGAAAACGACGGGUGUGACAAGACACCCCCUACCCCGUCGAGUAAAGGGGAAAAGGUAAAACAUAAACCCCAUAAAGAAUCUAAAUUUGCCGAAAAGUUAAGGCGUAGUUUUCGCAGGGCCGAACAUAAGUCGCUGGAAAUAAAACGCCAAGAUAAAAUCGAUGCCACGGAACGAGGUGGAGCAGGAGGAGGUCUGAGGCCUUUACAUCAACAGUUACAAAAUUCGGCAUCGAUAUUUUCCCUCACCAAUUUACCAGGUCUUGGGGGUCAUAUCAAUCCAGCCCUGCUACUCGAUAGUCCUGAUGAAAGUACACCACCCGAAUUUGCCUAUCGCCAUUUGAGUAGUGUGGCCACCACGAAUUCCAGUACCUCGCUGGAAUCGAAUUUUUGUGAGAGCCCUACCACCAGCAUUAGCUAUUGGGCCUGGCAUAUGAACAACAACAACAGUAUGGGUGGAGAAGUGAGCACAAACUCGAACCCCAAUUCCAAUCAGGGUAAUAAUCGGAAUCUCAGCGCACCCUCACAGCAAGAGGUGGCGGCUGGAGGGACAGGAACACGAAAUAGGCGCUUGGAACAGCAGAGUAGCAGUAAAAGUGAUCAGGGUGGCGGAGGAGGAUGUGGGACCUCCGAUCAUCCCAAUGUCACCGCUGACAGUCGCAGCUGUAGCACAGCCAGUGAAAGCAGUACUGCAGCCAAGCUAACCCGCCUACAAAAUUUCCUUUUCAAGUCCAGCAAUGAAAGUUCCCGCAGCAUUCAGGGUCACUCGAAUGAAGGCUUUACCAUCUCCUCCUUUAAUUCGUCUUCGGGAGAAUGGGAGAAUCUUUGCAAUUUCCCCUCAACAAGUCAGAAUCUCAAUCACCCUGAGGAUGCAACACAAUUUCCCCUCUCGCAAGAGGAAGAAACAGUUCCGCACCAAAAACACAAAGAAAACCUCUCGGAUUCCAAUGGCUCCCUUCGCAACUACUACCAAUAUACCCUGGCCUCGCCGAGCAAUCCAUUCCUCCCCGAAAUCACCGCACGCACCUAUCACAGUACCUACGAGGAGGAAGAAGAAGAGCGAGAUCUCGAAGAGGAACUCGAUUCAAAUGUGACCUCGGUAAAAUAUCGCAUAGGUUGUCAUUCGGCCCAGCUACCCACCCCGAACUAUAGUCGUACAGGGUCACAAGAAUCCACCCACAGUGAAUAUGCAGGGGGAGCCUACGGCGGUGUCCCCAGUGGUCUGGCCUCUUCCACUCGCUAUGACAGUUCCAAUUCCUCGCUGGGCGGCACCUCUACCCCUGGCAAACAUAAACGGAAACUUUUCAGCCUCUCAACACCCACGAAGCUGGAUUUCCCUCACACCACACCGAUCAGCAACAGUAGCAGUCAGGCCUCUCAUCAAUCGAUAGCAUCGAAAAAUCCUUCCUCUUCAUCUUCCUCGUGUAAUCUAGUACGUAGCCUUAAUCCUUUUUUGCCUUCCACAACGGUGACCUCAUCAUCGCCGCCACAGCGAACCGCCUCUUCGAGCAGUCUUAAUAAACAACAACGUAUGGGACCAUUUAAACAACAGGCUGUUACCUCUCCGAUUGCCAUACCACCGGCGAGUGGUGGUGGUAGUGGCAACAUAAUGGGUAUGACUCAAAUGUCAGGAUCUGGAUCGGGACCGUUGCGAGAUUUAAAUGCCCGGCGUGAGGAAUUUCUAAAGGCCACAAUGCAGAUAUGUUUGGUGGUGUCACCACCCUCAUCGAGAUUGCAG